GUAGCUGAAAAAUUAACAGUUGGUAAAAUUACUCUAUAUUCAAUUUUUCGAUUGUUUUUUUCUGACUUACAAUUAAGUGAAAUUGUUAAAAAUACAAAUCUUAAUAUAGCAGUAAAAUCAACUGAUAAAGAACAUAAGUGGAUUACAUUGACAAUUAAAGAAUUAUUGAUAUGGUUGGGUUUAAUUAUCUAUAUAGGUGUUUUUAAGCUUCAAAGUAGAAAAGAUUAUUGGUAA